AUGAUAUCUGAUUUAACUGGUUUACCCUUUGCAAAUGCUUCAUUGUUAGAUGAAAGUACUGCUUGUGCUGAAGCUAUUGCUUUAGCUGUUCGUGUAACUAAAAGGAGAACAAUCCUUUAUGAUACUGGAUUACAUCCACAAAAUAUUGGUGUAAUGGCUACACGUUCAGAACCAAUGGAUAUUAACUUUAAACCUUUGGAUAUUGAUGAUGUAAAUGUUAAUAAAAAGUUUGGAGAUGAUAUUGCUGCAAUUAUUUUACAAUAUCCCAACACAGAAGGGUUAAUUUAUGAAGAUUUGGAUUUAUUAAUUCAAUACGCACAUAAAGAAAAGAUUCUCGUUAUAAUGGUUUGCGAUUUACUUUCUCUUACACUUUUACGUUCUGCCGGAGAUUUGGGUGCAGAUAUUGCAGUAGGUAGUGCUCAACGGUUUGGACUUCCUCUUGGUUAUGGCGGGCCUCAUGCUGGUUUUAUGUCUGUUGCCAAUUUAGCUUUGGCUAGACAAAUGCCUGGAAGGAUUGUUGGAGUUUCUAGAGAUCAACAGGGAAAUAUUGCUUAUCGUUUAACUCUCCAAACUAGAGAACAGCAUAUUAGAAGAGAUAAAGCAACCUCCAAUAUUUGCACUGCUCAAGCACUUCCCGCUAAUAUUUCUGCAAUGUUCGUGUUUUUUAAGUUAUUUGACGGAGAGAUAUUGAGAGAAUUUUAA